AUGCCUUCCAUUUCCGUCGAUUAUUGUUUAUUUGAUUUAGAUGGUACUAUUGUAAGUACUACCAUUGCUGCUGAACGUACUUGGAGAAGUUACUGUUCUAAACAUGGUGUUGAUCCAGAAGAAUUAUUUAGGGUUUCUCAUGGUAGUAGAACCAAUGAAAUGUUGAGUAGAUUCUUCCCAAAUAUUGAUAACACCGAUAAUAAAGCGGUCAAGGAACUAGAAUUAGACUUGGCUACUAACCAUUUGGACACUGUGACUUUGAUUAAAGGUGCUGAAGACUUGUUGUUGUCGUUAGACAAGGAUACCGAAACGGGUAAACCUUUAAAAAGUCGUAAAUGGGCAAUUAUUACUUCUGGUUCUCCAUAUUUAGCCUUUUCAUGGUUUGAUUCUAUUUUGAAGCACGUUGGGAAACCUGAUGUUUUUGUCACUGGUUUCGAUGUUAAAGUCGGUAAGCCUGAUCCAGAGGGUUAUAAGAAAGCUGCAGUUGAAUUGAGUGAAAUAUGGGAGAAACCAGCUGAAGAUAUUUCUAAAUUACAAACUGUUGUAUUUGAAGAUGCCCCAGUUGGAAUUAUGGCUGGUAAAGCCAUGGGAGCUAAGACAAUUGGUAUCACUUCCUCAUAUGAUAAAUCUGUCCUGUUCGAGGCAGGUGCAGAUUACGUAGUCUCGGAUUUAAGACAAGUGAGAGUGACCCAAAAUUCUAAUGAUGGUAAAAUUAUUUUAGAGAUCACAAAUCCUUUGAGCAGGGAUUAA